CGGAAUGUGCUGGGGUGUUUUCGUACGGAUGACGGAAGUACCGGAUAUGACGGAUAUGACGGAUGUGGCGGAUAGACCCAGACCUCAACUUUCCACCCUCAUAUCAAGCCAGCAGCCCAACCCGCUCCGGAAUCAAGGUCGGCCAAAAGCAAUCUAUCCGUUCCCGAUCCAUCCCCUACCCGUAGGUGCAACCCGCCGGAAUGCCGAACGAGUCGGACGGGCGACCUCUCAAGCGGAAGCGCGUCGCCAAGGCGUGCGAGACCUGCCGCGUCAUGAAAGCCAAAUGCGACGGAGCCCGCCCGUCCUGCGCGCGGUGCCUCGGGUACAGCUACAAGUGCGCGUACUCGACGGUCGGAAGGAGCUCGCGGGGACUAGAUCGCCAGGCCGAUCAGCCGCGGGACACCCCCGCCGAGGUAGAGAAGCUGAAGGCGGCCAUCGACGAAUACGACGAUGUCGUCCGCGGAAUUGCGCCGGUGCUCCCCGAACCGGAGCGGGGCAGUCUCGAGGGCCGUCUCGCCCCCAUCAGUGAGCGGAUCCAUGGCGCCAUGUCGAGGGUGCGACUCGUCGGGGCGCCGUCGAUGCAAGUCAUAGCCGCGCCGUGCUUAAAAUCACGGCCCCUCCCGCAUUUCCAGAGGUACCUCGGGGAGGUCAGCGACGUCCGCUUCUUCAACCUCGUUGAGCGGGCGCUCCAGGAAAGGAAUCUAGUCCCACGGUCGGACGAGGGGAUGGACAGCUACGAGCAGGAUGACCCGGUGCCUGAAGAUGCCACCGAGGGAAAUGACGUCUCGAUCGAGCUGCCGAGCCCCCAGAUGGCAGAUGAGUUUCUCGACAUCUACUUCUCAACUGUCCAUGUCGCGUAUCCAUUCAUACCGAAAUCCACCUUCAUGAGGACCUACCGGGCCGUUAGAGACGGCGGUUCGGCUAAGGAUGUCGAUAGUUCUUGGGUAGCCCUCCUGUAUAUCCUCUUUGCCAUCGGAGCCUACUACACAUCGUUCCCUGGCAAGGAUACAAACAUGCUGCAUGAGCACUACUUCCAGCGAGCCCUGUCACUCUCUGGUUCCGAGCCCAUGGAGAGAUCGAUCAAUCAAGUAUCCUUCCUUCUAGCCGAGUGCUUCUACCUUCUCGCCGUGUGCAGGACAGACAGAUGCUGGACAGCCCUCGGAAUCGCCGUCCGAUUCGCCCAGAGCAUCGGCUUGCACGUCGAAACCGAAGGCGCGAAGAUGCUCAAGGGGCAAGUGCUACUCAAAACCGAGACGCGGCGCAGGAUUUGGUACUCCCUGUACGUCCUCGACCGUCUCCUGUCUCUCCAGCUCGGCAGACCCCCAGCGGUACACGAUGACGAUUUCAACGUGCUCCUCCCGUCGCGGCUCGGCGACGCGGACAUCGAGUGGGAGAGCGAUGACACCCAGCUCGACGCGCCCGAGGGCCCUUCAACAGGCGAUUACUUCCUGUCUGUCAUUAGUCUGUCUAAAAUUAUUGGGCAUGUUCUGCGGGGCCUGUACAGUCCAAGAGGAGAGACCGUGGCCACGGAAAUGUCUGGCAGCACGAGCUUUCUGGACAAGCAGCUGCUGGACUGGAAGUCGAGCCUGCCGCGGACGCUGAGGUUCGACUUUGGGCAUGCCUUUGAGACGUCGCUUACAUUUAGGAGGCAGCGUAACAUGCUCGCAAUCAAAUUCCACCACCUUCGUGCCCUGAUCCACCGGCCAUAUCUGUGUCUCCGGCUUCUACGGCAUCCCAUCAACGUCUCUUCGACAAUGUGCGAACGCCAGCUCCUCGACCGGUUCGAGAGGACCUGCGUCGCCGAGGCCCGGGAGACGGCGCACCUGCUGCACAACGUCACGGACGAGAAGGAACUCGUGCACGACUUCCCCUGGUGGCAGAUGAUCUCGUGCCUGAUCUGCGCGAGCUCCAUCUUGCUCGUGGCCAGUGUUUUUACACGGCAGACGGGCGGAGUUCUGGACAGAGACUUUGACGUCGCGACGCUGCACGACGACUCUGAGACGUGCCUCAAGGUCUUCGAGGCCCUGAGUGCCAAUUCCGAGGGCGCGAGGAUCGCUAAAGACAUGAUGGCUCGGUUGAAGGAGCGUGGCCUCAAGUGGGAUGCCAACACGCAUCAUCUAACUCAAGAAUCCCGAAUACAAACGGCCGAUAAUAAUGUUGACAUGCAACUGCAUGUUCCGACGGACUUACCAUCGCACUUCGAACCGUCUGGGACAGAUCACUUCGAGAUGCCAUCUGGCGACAUUGGGGCGAUCGUCGGUGCCCAGGACUGGCCGUCGGAGAUCCUGGAUUCCAUGACGUGGUCUGCGCAAUUCUUCGACGCCGUAGACAAUCCCCCGCUGUCUCCGUUCUUUCCCAGGUAGCGAACACGCGCCGAGUCGUCACCAGAAGGCGUACAGUUGGAGCGUAUCCUCGUUCAACAUCAUUGUUAUUAUUUGGCUCCCAAUUGU